GAGGGAGGGGAGGAUGGCGGCGGGGGGAGGGAGCGCCGGCGCGGCGCUGAGCUAAGCCGAUCCCACGUGUGACGGAUCUGGCUGCUGCCCCAGCGCCUCUCCAGUGAGAUCCUCCGGUAGCGGAGGGAGGAGGAGGAGGAGGAGGAGGAGGGGGGAAGGGAAAAAGGGGCAAAGCAAGCGGAGCGAACCGAGCCGGAGCCGGGCCGGGGGGGGCGGGUUGGGCGGGCGGGGGGGGUUCUCUAAGGGGCUCUCGCUCGGCGCGGCCAUGGAGGCGGACGGGAGCCAGGCUACCUCGGGGAGCCCCGGAGAGGCGCAGCACGACCCCGGCAAGAUGUUCAUCGGCGGCCUCAGCUGGCAAACCUCACCAGACAGCCUUAGAGACUAUUUUAGCAAAUUCGGAGAAAUUAGGGAGUGUAUGGUCAUGCGGGACCCCACCACCAAGCGCUCCAGAGGCUUCGGGUUCGUUACGUUCGCGGAUCCGGCGAGUGUAGACAAAGUGCUGGCCCAGCCGCACCACGAGCUGGACUCCAAGACGAUUGACCCUAAAGUUGCGUUUCCCCGACGAGCACAGCCCAAGAUGGUCACAAGAACAAAGAAAAUAUUUGUAGGUGGAUUAUCGGCUAAUACAGUAGUGGAAGAUGUGAAGCAAUACUUUGAGCAGUUUGGCAAGGUAGAGGAUGCCAUGCUGAUGUUUGACAAGACGACCAACAGGCACAGAGGAUUUGGCUUCGUAACUUUCGAAAAUGAAGACGUGGUGGAAAAAGUCUGUGAAAUUCAUUUCCACGAAAUCAAUAAUAAAAUGGUAGAAUGUAAGAAAGCACAACCUAAAGAAGUGAUGUUUCCACCAGGGACGAGAGGGAGGGCUCGUGGCUUGCCGUACACCAUGGACGCCUUCAUGCUGGGGAUGGGAAUGUUGGGUUACCCGAAUUUUGUUGCCACAUACGGCCGAGGAUAUCCUGGAUUUGCCCCAAGUUACAGUUACCAGUUCCCAGGUUUCCCAGCAGCAGCCUAUGGACCAGUAGCAGCGGCAGCCGUGGCAGCAGCAAGAGGAUCAGUCUUGAAUAGCUACAGUGCUCAACCGAAUUUUGGCGCACCCGCUUCCCCGGCAGGCUCCACCCCGGCGCGGCCGGGCGGCUUCCCCGGCGCCAGCAGCCCCGGGCCCGUGGCGGAUCUCUACGGCACGGCCAGCCAGGACUCCGGCGUGGGGAACUACAUAAGCGCCGCCAGCCCGCAGCCAGGCUCGGGCUUCGGGCACAGCAUCGCCAGUCUCUCUGGAUGUCCGGGCAAGACAGGGCGGAGUUUCUGAAGGGGCCCACGUUGGGUGAUCUCAUCAGACUUUGAGCACUACAUCAUCAUCACCAUCAUCAUCACCCUCAUCCUCACCGCCAACGCAAACUGGAGGUGGCACUCGAAGGACUUUGGGUUGUUUAAAAAAAAAAAAAAAGUCUCUCUCAUCAUCUCAUGAAUCUGCUGUACUAUAAAAACAACAGCUUUUAAAAGUAUGUAUAUAAAACCCAUUUCUUGUUGGUUUUAUUUUCUCGGUGGGUUCCCCCUCCCCUCUUUUUAAGCCUCUCCAACCCCCACAUCUUUUCUGACAUAGUCUCGUAGCCACGUAGUCAGAAUUCUUUGUGUAUGUAGCAAGAGCCUAACCAUAGUGGAACUGUUAUAUUAAGGGGUUUCUUUUGCUUUUCUUUCCCACCUCUUCCUCCUCCUCCUCCUCCUCCCUUCUGUUUUACGUAGUUGUUGUUGCUUAAAGGAUGCUGAGAUGGUGACAGGAGCCCCGGGGGCUGGCAGGGCACGGGGAGGGGGGAGCAGCAGGUUCUCUGGCCCUUCUUUUCCUUUGCUUACUCUGAUUCUCUCUCUAUUUUCGGCAAUAAGGCGAGGGCGACAAACUUCUUGCUCGUCCUUUUUCUAUAUAAGUGCUUUUUUUUUGUUGUUGUUGUUUGUUGUUGUUGAAAAGAGGUGAUCUAAGGAUUUUUGAAAUCGUGAAUUCUGAAAAAAAAAAGAAAAAAGAAAAAAAUAAUAAAAUGCUGUAAAUACAAUUCCAUUAACUACAUAGAAACUAUUAAGAAAGAGAAAUACAAAACCUAUUUUUGUGAUGGAGUCAGCCUAAGGCAGUUUCUCUGUGGAAAUGGAGGAGAAAAGUUGGAGCUGGAGUUGGAGCCUUUGGGAGCGGCUGCCGGGGGUUGUGAUGCUCUGGGACCCUCCCAGUUCACCCAGUUCACACCAGCAGCUUCUCUCACACGUGCUCAGCUUACAAAGGAACAGUCUAGUGGUAUUUUUAUUUUAAUUUAAAAACCUGCUUUUCCCAAAACUGAUCAAGAAGCUACAAUUUUUCCUACUUAAUGCAUUUACGGUUCAGAGCACACCUUUAGUUUGGAUUUUUUUUUUCUUUGGUUUUUUUUUUUUUUUUUUAUUAUUCAUUGUUUUAAACUAGAUCAACUUGCUGUCCAGUCAUUUCAGCUGCUCUGGGCACCCCAUGGGGGCAGAGCAGUGUCCAGCUUGCAUGGUUUCCUUUAUUAUCCAUCACUUUCUGUAUUAUCAAAUUAGAAAGCAACUUUGGUUGGUUUUGAUUUAUUUUUUUGUUUAAUUUUUUUUUUUUUUUUUUUUUUUUUUUUUUUUUUUUUUUUUGGGAAUACCUCAGUGCUACAAGUUUCACCCUAGAAGCAACGGAAGAUUUUAAUUUAUUGUAGUUGUAAACAGAAUUUAAAAGAAAUAAAGUAUAAAACAUCAUUGCACUGUGACUGGUAGGGGAAAAACUGACAGUUUCCUAUUUGCACAUGUUUAAUAUUUGGCUGUUAUAUAUAUGGUCCUCUGUUGGGGGAGGAAACUUAUGAAGGAUAUUUUUUAAUUUAAUUUUUUUAAUAUUGGUAAAUAGGCCUGCAACAGCAAACUAGAAGUACAACAUGGUAGGUGGCAUUAAGAACAUACUGUAGUGUGGAUAUAUUUCUUCUUUUUUUAACGUAAUAUUGACAAGUUUUAUUAAUAUUUUUUUAAAUUGUUACGUUUAUAAAUUUGGUACUUUAGGUACAGCCAGUAUAAGACACUGAAUGCGACAUUUGUUAAAAAAGAGCUGCUGCACUCCUAUUUUUGUAAAUUUUACUAACAAGUAGACUAAUGUAGACAUUCAAUAGACAAGGUAGAGCAAGGCAUCUUUAACAAAACAAGGCACCAUACUGCUAAAGGAGAAACCUUGUUUUUCUUGUUUUUAAAAAAAAUAAAAAUCAUGCUUUUUAUGUGAUAUUUUAGGUUUUUUUCUUAUUUCAGAACAACCAGGUUUAAGCAAAAUGCUGGACACUUUUUAAAUAUUGAGACUUGAUCAAGUAAUAAAAAGAAAUAAAACCGAAUUCUUUAAAAAAUAAAAAGGUUUAAAUAAAAUAAAAAAAUUAAAAAAAAAAAAAAAAGACUACGAACCAAAUUCCCUGCGAUUCAGUGUGCUGUCAGGGAAUUUUUUAUUGCUAUUUUGUCAAUGUUGAUGAUGUACUGUACUACCAGUUGGUUUUCCUCUCCAUUCCCUGUCACCUCAUAGAAUAUUCUUUGUUGAUCAUUGUUGUAUGUUAAUAGUGUAUAAAAUGGCUUAUCUUGUAAGAGUGCUGUCCUGAUGGUAGUGUAGUGAAUUUUUCCCCCCCUCUUUCUCUCUUCCUCCUCUAGUACAUAUUGGUAGGUGUAUCGUAAUUAAGGUUAAAAAUUUAGAUGUAGUUAUUCAGAUUUAGGACCAGUAAGGAUAGAACUUUCUCUUAUUUAAGAAAAAAAAAAUGCUAAUAAUUUCGGGAAGGUUUUCCAUUUUUGUUUUGUUUUUUUUUUUUUUCUUCUCUUUUUUCUUUCUGUGCUUUUUUUUUUUCUCUUGUUUAUUAUUUUUCUUUUGUUGAUCUGAUGCGGUUUCAACUAACCAAAGGUCUCACAAUGUUAAAAAUGCUGGCAAACUCUUAAGGCAUUUGUAGAUCCCCACCCUUGACUUUGGGGGGAUGUGCCAUACUACCUUAAAUGCUAAUGCUAGAUAUGCAAAACUGGAUUUUUUUAAUUUAUUUUUUAAAAGAGGGAGGCACGGUAUAUUAAAACGAUUUUACUAAGAGAAAAAAGAAAAAAAAAAAAAAAAAAAAAAAGAAACAUAUUUUUUUAAGAAUGCUCAGAAGAAAUUGCUAAUCUGUGUGAAUAUGUUUUAGAUGUUUAUAUACCUUUUGAGAAGUCCCAGUGGCCCAUAGCACAAAUGUCGUGGAACCCAAGAUGUUUUGAUGUGGCUACCUAGACUGAGGUUCACGUUAGUCCCCCACUCAUCUAGAAAUCAAUUUUGAAGGAAUUUUUUUUUUUUUUUUCCUUCUUUGUUCGUUUGGGGGUUUUUUGUAAAUUUUUCAGCACAAAGGUUCAGCUCCACCUUUGUCUUACUCAAGCCCAGGGAGUGAUGGAGUCCUGGGCUGGUUUGGGGUGGAAGGGACCCCAAAGCCCCUGCAGGGCCACCAGGGCCACCCCCUGUGCCAGGGACACAGUGCCCUCUGCCCCCUGGCAUGGCCACCCUGUCCCCAGCCCAGGGCCACCCCCUGUGCCAGGGACACAGUGCCCUCUGCCCCCUGGCAUGGCCACCCUGUCCCCUGGACACCCCCUGUGCCAGGGCUGCCAGCCCCAGGGACACAGUGCCCUCUGCCACCCUGUCCCCAGCCCAGGGCCACCCCCCGGAGCCACCAGCGCCUGGGACCCUCCCCUGCAACCCGAGCCGAGAUCGGCUUGAUUAAAGCAAAGCCUGAUCUGUCCUUUGGGGUUUUUAUUUUUUUCUUACACUUCAUAAAUGUUCAUAUUGAGUUCAAUUGUAGCUUGGACUUUAAGGUAGCAUGGCUCUCUUUGCUGUAAGUUGAUUUUAUUUUUUUUCCAUUGUACAGCAGCGUCUGCUGGUGAAUGUCACACAUCUUGCUAGGCUUAGUUAAACCAUUGGCUAAUUGUGGGUGUAACGACCUGAAAGGUGUUGGGAUUUCUUUCCUUCCCUGCUUUCAUCUGUAGUGUGAAUGAGG